AUGAGGAAAGGUCUGAGGGCAACAGCGGCCCGCUGCGGACUGGGACUAGGAUACUUGCUGCAGAUGCUUGUGUUACCUGCCCUGGCCCUGCUCAGCGCCAGCGGCACCGGCUCGGCCGCUCAAGAUGAUGACUUUUUUCAUGAACUUCCUGAAACCUUUCCGUCUGACCCACCUGAGCCACUACCACACUUCCUCAUUGAGCCCGAGGAAGCUUACAUUGUGAAGAACAAGCCUGUGAACCUGUAUUGUAAAGCCAGCCCUGCCACCCAGAUCUACUUCAAGUGCAACAGUGAGUGGGUUCAUCAGAAGGACCACGUAGUAGACGAGAGAGUAGAUGAAACCUCUGGUCUCAUUGUGAGAGAAGUGAGCAUUGAGAUUUCACGCCAGCAGGUGGAGGAACUGUUUGGGCCUGAUGAUUAUUGGUGCCAGUGUGUGGCCUGGAGUUCAGCAGGCACUACGAAGAGUCGAAAGGCAUACGUGCGCAUUGCCUAUCUACGGAAGACAUUUGAGCAGGAACCCCUGGGAAAGGAAGUAUCCUUGGAGCAGGAAGUCUUACUCCAGUGUCGGCCACCUGAAGGGAUCCCAGUGGCUGAGAUAGAGUGGCUAAAGAAUGAAGACAUAAUUGAUCCCGUUGAAGAUCGGAAUUUUUAUAUUACUAUCGAUCACAACUUGAUCAUCAAGCAGGCCCGACUCUCAGAUACAGCAAACUAUACCUGUGUUGCCAAAAACAUUGUUGCCAAGAGGAAAAGCACCACUGCCACUGUCAUCGUGUAUGUUAAUGGUGGCUGGUCUACCUGGACAGAAUGGUCUGUGUGUAACAGCCGCUGUGGGAGAGGAUAUCAGAAACGCACAAGAACCUGCACCAACCCAGCCCCACUCAAUGGUGGGGCCUUCUGUGAGGGGCAGAGUGUGCAGAAAAUAGCAUGCACUACACUAUGCCCAGUGGAUGGCAGAUGGACUUCUUGGAGCAAAUGGUCAACCUGUGGGACUGAAUGCACCCACUGGCGCAGGAGGGAGUGUACAGCACCAGCCCCCAAGAAUGGGGGUAAGGACUGUGAUGGCCUGGUCCUCCAAUCCAAGAACUGCACCGAUGGGCUAUGCAUGCAGGGAUUCAUUUACCCCAUUUCAACCGAGCACAGAACCCAGAAUGAAUAUGGAUUUUCUUCUGCUCCUGAUUCAGACGAUGUUGCUCUCUAUGUUGGGAUUGUGAUAGCUGUAACCGUUUGUCUGGCGAUCACUGUUGUGGUGGCCCUGUUCGUGUAUCGGAAGAACCACCGUGACUUUGAGUCUGACAUCAUUGAUUCCUCAGCACUCAAUGGCGGCUUUCAGCCUGUGAACAUCAAGGCUGCCAGACAAGAUCUCCUGGCAGUCCCCCCGGACCUCACCUCAGCUGCAGCCAUGUACAGGGGACCUGUCUAUGCUCUGCAUGAUGUCUCGGACAAAAUCCCAAUGACCAAUUCUCCAAUUCUAGACCCACUGCCCAACUUGAAAAUCAAAGUGUACAACAGCUCAGGUGCUGUCACUCCCCAGGAUGACCUUGCUGAGUUCUCAUCCAAGCUAUCACCCCAGAUGACCCAAUCCUUGCUAGAGAAUGAAGCCCUUAACCUGAAGAACCAGAGUCUCGCAAGACAGACUGACCCAUCCUGCACAGCAUUUGGCACCUUCAAUUCCCUUGGGGGUCACCUCAUCAUUCCUAAUUCAGGGGUAAGCUUGCUGAUUCCCGCUGGGGCCAUUCCUCAGGGGAGAGUCUAUGAAAUGUAUGUAACUGUACACAGGAAAGAAACUAUGAGGCCCCCCAUGGAAGAGUCUCAGACACUACUGACCCCUGUGGUGAGCUGUGGGCCUCCUGGAGCUCUGUUGACCCGCCCUGUCAUCCUAACUCUGCAUCACUGUGCAGACCCCAACACCGAGGACUGGAAGAUCCAGCUCAAAAACCAGGCAGUGCAGGGACAGUGGGAGGAUGUUGUGGUAGUUGGAGAGGAAAACUUUACAACCCCCUGUUACAUUCAGCUGGAUGCAGAGGCUUGCCAUAUCCUCACAGAGAACCUCAGCACCUAUGCCCUGGUUGGGCAGUCCACCACCAAAGCAGCUGCCAAGCGUCUGAAACUGGCCAUCUUUGGGCCCCUCUGCUGCUCGUCCCUGGAGUACAGCAUCAGAGUCUACUGCCUGGAUGACACACAGGAUGCCCUGAAGGAAGUUCUACAACUGGAGAGGCAAAUGGGAGGCCAACUCCUAGAAGAACCCAAGGCUCUUCAUUUUAAAGGCAGCAUCCACAACCUGCGCCUGUCAAUUCAUGACAUCGCCCAUUCCCUCUGGAAGAGCAAAUUGCUGGCUAAGUAUCAGGAAAUUCCAUUUUACCAUAUCUGGAGUGGCUCUCAAAGAAACCUCCACUGCACCUUCACUCUGGAAAGACUCAGCCUAAACACAGUGGAGCUGGUUUGCAAACUCUGUGUGCGGCAGGUUGAAGGAGAAGGGCAGAUCUUCCAGCUUAACUGUACUGUGUCAGAGGAACCUACUGGCAUCGAUUUGCCUCUCCUGGACCCUGCUAGUACCAUCACCACUGUCACUGGACCAAGUGCUUUCAGCAUCCCUCUCCCUAUCCGGCAGAAGCUAUGCAGCAGCCUGGAUGCCCCUCAAACAAGAGGCCAUGACUGGAGGAUGCUGGCCCAUAAACUCAACCUGGACAGGUACUUGAAUUACUUUGCCACCAAAUCGAGCCCAACUGGCGUAAUCCUGGAUCUUUGGGAAGCACAAAACUUCCCAGAUGGAAACCUGAGCAUGCUGGCAGCUGUCCUGGAAGAAAUGGGAAGACAUGAAACAGUAGUGUCCUUGGCAGCAGAAGGACAGUAUUGACCACACUGGAACUGACAUAAAAGGACAAAAUUACACAGGGAAUCUGUGUUCAGGGGAAUCACAUCUGAGGAGGAAAUCCAGAUAGGACCAAGGCGCUUUACAGGCAAGACGGCAACAGGAAAUGUGGGGGACAGAUACAACCACCAAGGUACAUGCCCACUUCAUUCAGACAGCACCACCACGGGAAUUAAGAAAAGUUGUGUAAAUUUGUACCUUGAAUUUAAGAAUCGAUCUAAUUUUCUCUUUGUUGGGCUGUAUGCUGUAUGGUACAGGAUCUUACAGUUUCCUAGGAAACGCUUUUUAUUGCUAUCCAGAUGUAUGGAUAAACUUUCUUAACAAACCCAGUUUCUACAAA